GCUUUCUUCCGGUCUUGUGGUAGACUAUCUAGGCACCCGGCGGCUCGGUGGUGACGGUGGCCUGGUUGGCUGCGGGUCUGAACAGUGGCGGGAGCUGUUUGCCAGGCUUGCUGGCUUCUGGAUUCUCAGGGUGUUCUUCUUGGGGCUAGGCUGACAAGGGCUUUACGGGAUCGGACGUCACCUCAAAGGCAGGGGCCUGGCGCCCGGGGCUCCCCUUAGUGGCCGCUGUGCGGCGAGCGGGCUGGUUUUCGGAGAUCUUCCGGAAGAGGAGCAUCCUUCUCUCUGAGCUGAACGUACAGUGGUCCACCCAUGCCUCUCCUAACCCAGUACAAUGAGGAUGAGUACGAACAGUACUGCUUAGUGGCCAGCCUUGACAACGUUAGGAAUCUCUCCACUGUCUUGAAAGCCAUUCACUUCAAAGAACACGCCACGUGUUUUGCUACUAAAAAUGGAAUCAAGGUUACCGUGGAAAAUGCAAAGUGUGUGCAAGCCAAUGCCUUUAUUCAGGCUGAUGUAUUUCAAGAAUUUAUCAUUCAGGAAGAAUCCGUUACUUUUCGAAUUAACUUAACUAUCCUUUUAGACUGUUUAUCUAUUUUUGGAUCAAGUCCUACACCAGGGACUUUAACUGCACUUCGGAUGUGUUACCAAGGUUAUGGUCACCCACUGAUGCUAUUUCUAGAAGAAGGAGGAGUAGUGACGGUCUGCAAAAUUACCACUCAGGAGCCUGAGGACACACUGGAUUUUGAUUUCUGCAGCACCAAUGUUAUGAAUAAAAUUAUCCUGCAGUCCGAGGGACUCCGGGAAGCCUUUUCUGAGUUGGACAUGACAGGUGAUGUCCUACAGAUCACCGUGUCUCCUGACAAGCCCUACUUCAGGUUGUCUACUUUUGGAAAUGCAGGAAACUCCCAUCUUGACUAUCCCAAAGAUUCGGAUUUGGUGGAAGCAUUUCACUGUAAUAAGACCCAGAUCAACAGAUACAAACUUUCUUUACUGAAACCUUCUACAAAGGCAUUAGCUUUAUCUUGUAAAGUGUCUAUUCGGACAGAUAAUCGAGGAUUCCUCUCAUUACAGUACAUGAUUAGAAAUGAGGAUGGGCAAAUAUGCUUUGUGGAAUAUUACUGCUGCCCUGAUGAAGAAGUCCCUGAGUCUUGAAUAAUUCACUGUGAAUAUUUGUGUCUCUGUAGUUGGUGUUGUCACUCUGACUGUAUAAUCCUGAUGAUUUCAUAUUGGAUUAUAUACAGAGAUGCAUGGAGAAGAUAGGGCCAAGGUCCCAUUCUGUAAAUAGUGUUUAUUUUGUGAAUAAAUUUUUCAUGUGGCCAGAAAUUAUCUGGCUUAUUGUA